AUGAGUACGAAUCAAGAAGAAAUUUCAGAACACAGUUCGAUGUUGAAAGGACUACCGAUUCUUGAACUGCAAACAUUAUUGGAACUAUUCGGUCAAAGUAGAUUUGGUGAACAGUCUGCCUUACUGGAACGCGCGUUAGAGCUUUUAAGAAAUAGACCGGUUGGAUUUAACUAUCAAGCAUAUCUAAUGAAAAUUCAAGAACUGUUUCAAUGUAUACAGAAUCAAAACAAUCCAUUUAUAUCAGAUGCUGAUAGUUAUCAUCGCCAUAAUAUGAUGCACACUUAUCAGGAGAACAUGAUAUCCAUGAGUAGAUUGACUUCUUCUCCGAGAUUGUUCUACCCAACAGAGCCGUACACUCCAAUUAUUUCUUAUGAUGAUCAUUCGAUUGACUUGCCUGUUCAAUUUAAAAAAUUACCUUUCUAUGAUUACAUCGAAGAAGUGUUACAACCGACCACGUUGUGUGGCAGAGAGCAAUGCACAUUGAAAAAUAGUCCAAAAGGUAUGAGAGAGAUUACCAUCAGAAUGCCAUUAGCAUGUCGUUAUGUCAAUCAAGUCGCUAUGAAUCGUAUUGUAUCUAAUGGCGAAACUGAGUAUCCGUAUCAAAUUCAAACUCGUAUUUGUGAACUGGCCCCGGGUUCAGAACUUUCUGACUACUUGCCCACAAGUUUAUUUAUUCGUAUCAACGGAAAAGUAUUGCCACUACCGCCACUUUGUCCUAACUCUCGCCCAGGACCUGAAGCCAGACGCCUGCCAUAUCCUCUAAACUUUACUCCGCUUCUUAAACUCAAUCCUAAUUUGGAAAACAUAGCGCGUUUAAACUGGAUCCCUGAUGGAAAAACUUAUAUCUUGGGAAUAAACUUGGUCGAGAAAUUGAGUCCAGAUGUUUUGUUGAAAAGACUUUCUGAAAAAGGAGCUAGAAGCACAGAGGAAACAAAAAAUGACAUAAUACAAAAAUUGGCAGAAAUUGAUCCAGAAUUAUCGACCACUUCUUAUCGUGUCUCAAUAGUAUGUCCGUUGAGUCAAAUGAGAAUGAAAAUUCCAGCCAAGUCUAUUAAAUGCGAUCAUUUACAAUGUUUCGAUGCGAGUACAUUUAUUUUAAUGAAUGAGAAAAAACCAAAGUGGAUAUGUCCGACCUGCAAUAAUACUUGUCUGUUCGACGACAUUCGUAUUCAAUCGUAUUUUUUAGAAAUAGUGACCAGCCCGUCCCUUCCUGACACGUGCAAAGAAAUUGAAAUAAUUGCUGAUGGCACUUGGAGAGUAUUUGAUAAAAAAAAUAAAACAGAGAACACGGAAACAGCAGCUCGGAAAAAACCUAGGACAUCCGUGUACAUAUACGAUAGUGAUGACAAUAAAAGUGACAAAUCAAAUGGCGAUUCUAAAAUAUCCAAACCGGAUUGUUUAGAGGAGACAAAAAAAUCAAAUACCUUUAUUGAUUUAACAACCGAAGACGAAAGAACCAUUAGAUUAAAAGAAUCGGUUGUAAGUGAAGCUAAUGAUAGUUCUGGACCCUCAACAAGCCGCGGGUGUACAGUCGAUUCUACAACUGCAGUAGCUGUGCCAACGACCUGUUCAGACAAAAAGGAUUCUGAUCCUUUAAAUAUAUAA